AUGGCUGACGCGAAGCCGCAGACCCUCCGCGCGUGGCUGCACUCCGCCGUGGAGUCGCGCGGCGACGUGGCGGCCAUCGUAGUCACGCAGGGAGGCCCCACCGUGACGCACGCCGCGCUCGAGGCGGCGGUGGAUGGCGUGGCGGCGCAGCUGAGGGCUCUGGGAGUGCGACCCGGCGAUCUUGUGUCUCUCGCUUUCCCUAACUCGCUCGAGUUUGUGAUCCUUUUCCUCGCAGUUACGCGUGUUCGCGCCACAGCAGCUCCGUUAAAUGCAGCGUACACGGAGGAGGAGUUCAAGUUCUAUAUGGAGGACGCGCAGGCGCGCCUGCUUCUUCUCCCCGAGGGCGGCACUCCCAAGGCUCAGGCGGCCGCUGCUGCCUUGGGAGUACCGGUGGCGCAUGCUGGGAGCUACGGAGGCGAGGAAGGAGUCCCCCUGCGCCCAUCCGAAGGCCUCUCCGCCCUCCCACCCGCGGACAUCCCGGACGGGCCUGGCCCCGGGCCCACGCCCGACCCCGCUGACGUGGCACUCUUCCUGCACACGUCAGGCACGACCAGCCGCCCGAAAGGCGUGCCGCUGACGCACGCCAACCUGGCAGCAUCCAUAGGGAACAUCAUAGACACAUACGACCUCACUUCUGCCGACCGGUCUUACCUAGUCAUGCCUCUGUUCCACGUGCAUGGGCUGAUGGCUGCUCUUCUCGCCUCUCUCUCCUCUGGGGGCUCCGUGGUCCUCCCCGCCUCUGGCCGUUUCUCCGCGUCGACCUUCUGGGACGAAGUGGUGCAGAGCGGUGCCACGUGGUACACCGCGGUGCCCACCAUGCACCAGAUUCUCCUCUCCCGCCACCGCUCCCACGGCCCGCCCACCCUCUCGGGAAAAUCUCAGGGGGAAUCUCAGGGGGAAUCUCUGGGUGAAUCCACCGCCUCUGUCACUGCCUACCCGCCUCUGCGUUUCAUCCGCAGCUGCAGUGCCAGCCUGGCAGCGGCAGUGCUGGAGGAAAUGGAAACAGUCUUCGGCGCUCCCGUGCUUGAAGCAUAUGCUAUGACCGAAGCAAGCCACCAAAUGACUGCCAACCCUCUCCCUUCCAAGGGAUCCCACAAGGCUGGGUCUGUGGGGUUGCCGACAGGAAUCGAACUCGCGAUCUUGGACGAGCAGGGGCGGGAGCUCGGGGUGGGGGAGCGCGGCGAGGUGUGCAUUCGCGGGGCGAACGUUACGGCUGGUUACCGCAGCAACCCGGCGGCGAAUGAAGCGGCGUUCGCGUUCGGGUGGUUUCACACGGGAGACGAGGGGAAGAGGGACGAGGAGGGGUAUUUGUACCUGACGGGGCGGCUGAAGGAGCUGAUCAACAGGGGUGGGGAGAAGAUCUCGCCGCUGGAGGUGGAUGCUGCGCUGCUGGCCGUGAAAGGCGUGGCUGAGGCCGUUGCUUUCUCUGCGCCUGAUGCCCACUACGGGGAGGAGGUGAGUGGUAUGGGGAAUGGGGGAGGAAAGGUGAAUGCAGCAGUGGUGUUGGAGCCAGGUGUGUCUCUCACCCAGGAGGAGGUGCAGGAGCACCUGAAGAAUCACCUGGCGGCCUUCAAGCUGCCCAAGCGCGUCUUCUUUGUCGACCAUCUCCCGCGCACCGCCACCGGCAAGAUUCAGCGUCGCUUCGUUGCCCAGGCCAUGCUCAGUGGCGAAGGCACUGCUGCUGCUCCUGCUGCAGCUUCGGCUGCUCCUGCUGCUGCUGCCCCUUCCCCCUCCCCCUCCGCUACCCUAGACGCCCCUGCUCUCAUCGCCCUCUCUCUCGCUCGUCUCGGCGUCACCCACCUAUUCGGAGUCAUCGGCAUUCCCGUCACGGCCGUCGCCACAGCAGCGCAGCAGCAGGGGAUCCGCUUCCUCUCCUUCCGCAACGAGCAAGCAGCAGGCUACGCCGCAGCAGCCUACGGCUACCUCACAGGAACCCCCGGCGUGCUGCUUACAGUGUCAGGCCCGGGGUGUGUGCAUGCACUGGCAGGGGUGAGUCAUGCUCAGGUGAAUACCUGGCCGCUGCUGCUGCUCUCUGGGUCUUGCACACAGGAGGAUGUGGGCCAGGGGGAUUUUCAGGAGUUGGAUCAGGUGAGAGUGGUUCGGCCGUUUGUGAAGGAAUCCGGGCGGGCGAAGUCGAUUGCGGAGAUCCCGGGGGUGGUGAAGCGGGCGGCGGAGGCGACGGUGGCCGGGCGGCCUGGUGGGGCGUAUGUGGACCUGCCGGCCGAUGUGCUGCACGGGAGUAUUUCUGAGGAAGAUGCGAGGAAGCUUCUGGAGGACGUGAAGCCCCUGGUGCCGCUCUGGCGCACCGCUCUGGACCCCUCUGCACCGCUUGCAUCCGCCCUCGAGUCAAGUCUCACAGAGGCGAUUGCUUUGCUGAGGGAAGCUAAAGCACCUCUGCUGGUGGUGGGGAAGGGGGCAGCAUACGCUCACGCUGAGAACCAAAUAGCAGCACUGGUGGAAUUGACUGGGAUUCCCUUCCUCCCUACACCCAUGGGGAAGGGUGUUUUGUCCGAUACACACCCCCUGUGCAUCUCUGCUGCUCGCUCAUUGGCUCUUUCCCAAGCUGACGUGGCGCUUGUGGUCGGCGCGAGGCUGAAUUGGAUCCUGCAUUUCGGCCAGCCGCCAAAGUGGGCGGCAGGAGUGAAGUUUGUCCUGGUGGAUGUGGACGAAAGCGAGGUGGCGCAGAGGCGGCCGGCGGUGGGGCUGGUCGGCGACGCCAGGGCGGUGGUUGGGCGGCUUGCGGCACGGUGGGCGGCGGAAGGAGGGCAGAAGGUUGCAGCAGACAACCCCUGGGUCUCUAAGUUGAAGGUUAGCAAGCCGAGACAUGUGAAGCUCAGGCUGUCUUGUACCCGUCCCUCAUGCCUCUCAAUUCCCUCUCUUGUUCCCAUUCCUAUCCCCCCGACCCCUCUCCGUCCUCUUACUCAUCGCAUGGUGUUGGCCAUUGCCGUCCUCUCACCCAUUGCAUGGUGUUGGCCAUUGCCGUCCUCUCACCCAUUGCAUGGUGUUGGCCAUUGCCGUCCUCUCACCCAUUGCAUGGUGUUGGCCAUUGCCGUCCUCUCACUCAUUGCAUGGUGUUGGCCAUUGCUGUCCUCUCACCCAUUGCAUGGUGUUGGCCAUUGCCGUCCUCUCACCCAUUGCAUGGUGUUGGCCAUUGCCGUCCUCUCACCCAUUGCAUGGUGUUGGCCAUUGCCGUCCUCUCACCCAUUGCAUGGUGUUGGCCAUUGCCGUCCUCUCACCCAUUGCAUGGUGUUGGCCAUUGCCGUCCUCUCACCCAUUGCAUGGUGUUGGCCAUUGCUGUCCUCUCACCCAUUGCAUGGUGUUGGCCAUUGCCGUCCUCUCACCCAUUGCAUGGUUUUGGCCAUUGCCGUCCUCUCACCCAUUGCAUGGUGUUGGCCAUUGCCGUCCUCUCACCCAUUGCAUGGUGUUGGCCAUUGCCGUCCUCUCACCCAUUGCAUGGUGUUGGCCAUUGCCGUCCUCUCACCCAUUGCAUGGUGUUGGCCAUUGCCGUCCUCUCACCCAUUGCAUGGUGUUGGCCAUUGCCGUCCUCUCACCCAUUGCAUGGUGUUGGCCAUUGCCGUCCUCUCACCCAUUGCAUGGUGUUGGCCAUUGCCGUCCUCUCACCCAUUGCAUGGUGUUGGCCAUUGCCAUCCUCUCACCCAUUGCAUGGUGUUGGCCAUUGCCGUCCUCUCACCCAUUGCAUGGUGUUGGCCAUUGCUGUCCUCUCACCCAUUGCAUGGUGUUGGCCAUUGCCGUCCUCUCACCCAUUGCAUGGUUUUGGCCAUUGCCGUCCUCUCACCCAUUGCAUGGUGUUGGCCAUUGCCGUCCUCUCACCCAUUGCAUGGUGUUGGCCAUUGCCGUCCUCUCACCCAUUGCAUGGUGUUGGCCAUUGCCAUCCUCUCACCCAUUGCAUGGUGUUGGCCAUUGCCGUCCUCUCACCCAUUGCAUGGUGUUGGCCAUUGCCGUCCUCUCACUCAUUGCAUGGUGUUGGCCAUUGCCGUCCUCUCACCCAUUGCAUGGCCAAGGCAUCAGCCAACAGCGUCCGAAUGGAGUCUCUUCUUUCCCAGGACGCCCACCCCCUCAACUUCCACUGCUCCCUGCGGGUUCUCCACUCCCCACCCCCUCCUUGUCUCCCAACAGGCCAAGGCGUCAACCAACACUGUCCGAAUGGAGUCUCUUCUUUCCCAGGAUGUCCACCCCCUCAACUUCCACUGCUCCCUGCGCGUCCUCCGCGACAAGCUAGCCGCGCUGCCCCCCUCCAUCACCACCCUGCUCUGCUCUGAAGGCGCCAACACCAUGGACAUGGGCAGAACCGUCCUCCCCCAGUUAACCCCGCGCUCACGGCUUGAUGCGGCCACCUGGGGGACCAUGGGCGUGGGGUUGGGGUAUGCAGUGGCUGCUGCUGUGGCGCCGCUAGGGGAGGAGGGGGAGAGUGGGGGGAGUGGGAGUGAGGGUGGGGAGAAGGGGAAGAGGGAGCGGCUGGUGGUGGCGUUGGAGGGGGACAGCGCGUUUGGGUUCAGCGGCAUGGAGAUUGAGACCAUGGUGCGAUACAAUCUGCCCAUCAUAGUCGUAGUGAUGAACAACGGAGGCAUCUACGGGGGCGAUCGCAGGGGGCCCGUCCAACUGCCAGACAGCACCCGCAGCGACCCGCCCCCCACCUCCUUUGUGGAAGGCGCGCGCUACGACCGCAUGAUGGAAGCAUUCGGAGGACGCGGUUACCACGUUACCACGGUGCAGGAGCUGGGAGCGGCGCUGGAGCAGGCGUUUAAGGAGAGAAAGCCUGCAGUGGUGAAUGUGGUGGUUGACCCUUUGGCUGGUGCUGAGAGCGGUCGUCUCACCCACAAGAACUAG